AUGACAAAGAGGGGGAAAAAUAAAAAGGAAGAGAAAAUUGCUAUUGAAGAGAAGACUGCUGAUGAAGCUGAUGUUGCUAUCAUCCCUCAUGUAGGUGCUCUCAUCACUGCCGCUGAGGAUGCCAUCACCACUGAAGAAGAUGAUGAUGUUGUGAUCGCUCCUGCUGAUCAUGAAGACCAUCCCUCAACCUAUGCAUUUCCAAAUGAUGGUGAUGAGGAUGAUGAUGAAGACGAUGAUGAAGAUGAGGACACUGAACCUCAACUCCCUGACGUCGGCAAUGAUCUUAGCGAUGAUGAUGAAGAUGAUGACGACGAUGAUGACUUUUGCAUCCAAGGCAUCCCAAGAGAACUAGCACUAAAGGGAAUAUCCAUCCAGGAACCAUCUUCUCAGGAGGGGAAAGACAUUCAACUUCAGGGAACCAGCACUCCAAGGACAAGAGCAAAGGAAUGA